UAUCUCGUUCUGUUAAAACAGGGCAAACAACAACAGCAGCGGGCAACUUUCAAAAUCAAGUGUGAAGGGAAAAAUCAACAUUUCUAUCAUUUUCUAUAACGUUUCCAGAUACAACAAACACGAUUUAAUAGUCGGAUUAUUUGUCCACGUUCACCCGAUCAACAUUGAUUAGUCUAUUGAUCUAGCUAGCUUGCUAACUAGCCUUCAGUAAACACGCUGUGGGCGCGCAAGAUGGCGGUCAGUGCAGAUCAUUUGUUUUGGUUGUUGAAGGAAUGAUUGGAUUUCUUUACCCAAAUAUGACCGUUUGGUAGUUCAUUUCUACGGUGAUAAACCCCGUGUGAAUAUGGUUUAGUUUGUUUACCAACGUAAUUGAUUAUUUUCUGCAAGUUUUCCACCUCUAAAACUAAGUUUGACACUACUAGAUACCCAGAUAAGCUUGCUAGCUCAAACUAGCUUGUAGAACGCACAUGGAAACUUCCACGACCAGAACCAAAAGGAAAGAAAUGGGGAGAUCGUCAGAUGGACAGUUAACCACAAAAGAUGGUGUGGUUGUGGGCACUCCUCUUCAGAAUGUAACUGUGGGGGGAGAUACUCCAAUGGGUGAUGACAAUGUGCCUUCAAUGUCUGAACCAAUGUCCACAGAGUCCCCGGGUUCUGGCUGUGGUGUUCCAGCCCAGAGAAGCUCACAGCAGGGUCCAGAGAUGGUGUCAGUGAAGCUGGAGGACUGCAGUCAAACACUGGAACUUAAUGUGAUUGUAAAAGAGGAAUGGGAGGAGAGAGAAGUCAAAGAGGAGGUGGAGAACAGGGAAGUGUCUGAUCCAGACCUAGAGGAAGAGGAGGCAGCAGUAGAUAGUAUCACUGACCCAGGAGAGAUCUCCAACCCAGGUUCAGACAGUGAGCCCAGUUCCACAGCAUCAGGAAACCAUAAACAACACAGACGGAGGAACUCAAGACAGAAACAUCACCACUGCAUGGACUGCUUCACUAGUUUCUAUGAUCCAGAGGAGUUGAGAAGACACACUUGUAGGCCCCACCCCUGCUCAGAUUGCAGAGACAGUUUUAUUUGUCCAACUCACCUCAUACCACACCAACAGACUCUCAAAAUAAAGAAGCCUUACAUGUGUGGUCAAUGUGGCAAGAGAUUUCAGACCCCAAGCACCUUGAAGACGCACCAGCUUACUCACACAGGAAAGAAGCCUUUCCAUUGCGCCCAAUGUGGGAAGAGUUUCAGUGAUGAAGGAAAUCGUAAUAAACAUCAGAGAAUACACACAGGAGAGAAGCCUCAUCAAUGCUCUGAAUGCGGGAAGAAUCAGUUAUCACAUUUAAAGGCACACCAACAAACUCACACAGGAGACAAUAUUUUUCACUGCUCUCCGUGUGGGACUGGUUUUACGUUGGAAGGAUGCCUUCAGAGUCAUCAGAGAAUUCACAGUGGAGAGAAGCCCCACCACUGUUCCCAAUGCGGUAAAAGCUUCAAUCAAGCAGGAGACCUAAAGACACAUCAGAGAGUACACAGUGGCGAGAAGCCCUACCACUGCCCCCAAUGUGGAAAGAGCUUUAGUCGGGCAGGACGGCUAAGUGAACACCAGAAAUAUCACACCGGAGAGAAGCCAUACCACUGUGAUCAGUAUGGGAAGAGUUUCCAUCAGAUGGCAGAGAAAAGCAGAGCACCAGUGUGGGACCAUUACAUUGAAUUGGCACCAGGGAAAGCAAGGUGUCUUAUUUGUGAUAACGAUAUAAGCAUGGGGUCAGCAAUGGCUAAAUCCAAAAAUACCACUAACCUGUGGAAUCACCUUAAGAACACCCAUCCAAAAGCCCAUAAGGAAGCAAUGAUGAAAAAAGCAAACGCAAAUUCUUCACAAGGGAAAAGUGAUACAGACACAUCGCAGGCUACACUCUUGCAACUGUUUAAUAAACAAGCAAAAUGGCAGGACAAAGAUCCAAAAUGGCAGGACAAAGAUCCAAAAUGGCAGGACAAAGAUCCAAAAUGGCAGGACAAAGAUCCAAAAUGGCAGGACAAAGAUCCAAAAUGGCAGGACAAAGAUCCAAAAUGGCAGGACAAAGAUCCAAAAUGGCAGGACAAAGAUCCAAAAUGGCAGGACAAAGAUCCAAAAUGGCAGGACAAAGAUCCAAAAUGGCAGGACAAAGAUCCAAGGGCCAAGAAGAUGGAUGAAGCAAUUAUUGAGAUGAUUGCCACUGACAACCAGCCAUUCACAGUGGUGUCUGGUGUUGGUUUUCAGCGGCUGAUUAGUCUUGCUGAACCCCUGUACAGGAUCAAAGAUGAAACAUUCUUUCGCACAGAAAUGCUAGAUAAAACACAUGAAAGAGUUGUGAUGAAAGUGAAGAAUCUGGUGGCACCAGGGAACGCUCCACACAUGGCAUUCACAACGGACUGCUGGUCAGGCACUACAGAGUCCCUGAUGAGCCUUACUGGACAUUUCAUUGACGAUGUCUGGACAAGAAAGCAGGUUGUGCUGAAUGUCAAGACUAUGACUGGAUCACACGCAGGAAACUACCUCGGAGAGAUGUUUUUGACCACGUUGGAAUACUGGGAAAUCCACACAGAACGUGUAGUGCUGGUCCUCAGAGACAGUGGGGCAAACAUGAUGAAAGGUGUGAGACUGGCGGAGCUUCCAGACUUCAGCUGCAGUGCACACACCCUACAGCUUGUAAUCAACGACGGCCUAUCCAGUCAGAGAGCUGUGCUAAACAUUAUUGCCAUGCUGGAGAGCUGUGCAUCUCACUUUGACCACUCUGUACUGGCCAAACAGAGGCUGGGGGCCAUUCAGGAAGCGCUUGGCCUCCCCAAACACAGCAUCAUCCAAACAGUUCAAACUCACUGGAACUUCACACUACACAUGUUGCAGAGGAUGUUUGAACAGAGGCGUGCACUGAAUGCGUAUGCAGGUGAAUACGGACACAUCAGCAGUUUGUCUGCUACACAGUGGGACAUUGUCUCUAGCCUAAUUGAGACUCUGGCACCUAUGGAGGAGGUGACCGUGGAGAUGAGCCACUCCAACUCUACAGCAGCAUGCAUCAUCCCCAGUGUGUCGGUGCUGAAGCUGAUGCUGCAGCAGGAGGGUUCUUCUACUCAAGGCAUCAACACUUUACGGAAGACCAUGUUGGACAGUCUGACAAGGAGGUUCUCCAUAGCCGAGGAGACAAAGUGCCUGGUGCUGGCGACUGUCCUGGAUCCACGUUACAAGAGCUAUGCCUUCGCCUCAGGGACAGCACUAGAGAAAGCAAAAGAGUGGCUGAAGGAGGAGUCUGACCUACUAAGGAAACCAAAUCCCAGAGCCACAGCAGAAAGGACGAGUGAAGAGGAGGACACAGAUCCAGGUGCAAAAAAACAAAGAGUCCAGGUAGAUCAGCCACCCAGUCUGGUGGACAGCCUCUACGCUAGAAUCCUUGGAAGCCAACAGGGCAGGGCUGGAGUCCAGUGCAGUUUUGACAUUGAGUUUGAGCGUUACCUCACAGAGCCUGUCAUUGACAGAAAGAGCGGCUUGCCUUUGGAGUGGUGGAAGCAGAAUGAGAACAGAUUUCAAUCACUCGCUCCACUGGCGAAGAAGUUUCUCUGUCCUCCAUCUUCUUCGGUCCCAAGCGAGAGAGUGUUCAGUGAGGUGGGAAACAUUUAUGAUAAGUGGAGGAGCAGACUGACAGGGGACCAGGCAGACAAGCUCUGCUUUCUACACUACAACCUAAAACUUCUUAACUGGGAUUAUUGAAGACCCAUGAAAGCUGGUUGUUCCUUUUAACAUGUUGUUCUCAUGUUAUUUGAGACUAGAUUGAUUUGAUGUAUUCAGUUAAAAUUAAAAGUGUACAUUGUUCAUUCAGUA